AUGCCGCACCUCAAGCAAGUCGUCACGGAUGUGCUAGUCCACCUUACCGGCCAAGGCGGGCAGCAGCGGGACCCACGGCUCUCCCCGUUCCCACCAGACCGCCUCUGGCUCCUUGAAAUCCUGAGCCCGUUCCGUGUACAGCUCCGUGGCAAAGUGUGCCAGCCUUUCUGCAGGUCGCCGGCGCGGUGGAAGCGGGAGGCUUUCACCCGCUCGGCCAACGCGCAUGCGUCCGCUCCACCAGGCUGGGAUCGCGCCCGGGCAGCCAGACGCAUGCGCAGCCUCACUGUUGCAGGAGCUCUCGGGGCCGCCGGUGCUUUGUCGGUCUGUCCCAGUGAUGGAGGGAGGCUCUUAGCUUCGCCAGCGGCUGCAGAGCAGAGGCAGUGGCCCAUGGACCUGCCAGAGAGCCGGGCGGGCAGCCCCGCCGCUGCAGAAAAUCACCCCAUCUCCCCGGCUGUGGGCUCUGACAACGCCAGCCUCCCCUCGAGGAUCCAGGGAGUAUACCUCUGGGACCAGCCAGAGGAGGGGACCCUGGGGAUGCCGCUCAGCUUAGAGGAGCAAAUACUCAACUCCACGUUUGAAGCUUGUGACCCCCAGAAGACAGGCAUUGUGGCUGUGACCCACGUACUAGCCUACCUGGAGGCUGUGACAGGACAGAGCCCCCAGGAUGCACGCCUCCAAACACUGGCCUGCAGCCUGGACCCCAACGGAGAGGGGCCUCAGGCCACCGUGGAUUUGGACACCUUCCUGGUCGUCAUGCGGGACUGGAUCACUGCCUGUCAGCUGGAUGGGGGAUUAGAGCUGGAAGAGGAGACCGCCUUCGAGGGGGCCCUGACCUCCCAGCAACUGCCAUCUGGAUGCCCAGAAGCAGAGGAACCAGCCAACCUGGAGAGCUUCGGAGGCGAAGACCCCAGACCUGAGCUGCCCGCCACAGCUGACCUGCUAAGCAGCCUGGAGGACCUGGAGCUCAGCAACCGCCGGCUGGCGGGGGAGAACGCCAAACUGCAGCGCAGUGUGGAGACGGCCGAGGAGGGGUCUGCACGCCUCGGGGAGGAGAUCGUGGCCCUGCGCAAGCAGCUUCGCAGUACCCAGCAGGCUCUGCAGUUUGCCAAGGCUGUGGAUGAGGAGCUGGAGGACCUGAAGACUCUGGCCAAGAGCCUGGAGGAACAGAAUCACAGCCUCCUGGCCCAGGCCCGGCAGACGGAAAAGGAGCAGCAGCAUCUGGUGGCUGAGAUGGAGACUCUGCAGGAGGAGAAUGGGAAGCUACUGGCUGAGCGGGAUGGAGUAAAAAAGAGGAGUGAGGAGCUGGCCAUGGAGAAGGAUGCUUUGAAGCGGCAGCUCUAUGAGUGUGAACGCCUCAUUUGCCAACGAGACGCCGUCCUCUCGGAGCGCACUCGCCAUGCGGAGAGUCUGGCCAAAACCUUGGAAGAGUACAGAACGACAACCCAGGAACUGAGGCUGGAAAUCUCACACUUGGAGGAGCAGCUGAGUGAGACCCACAAGGGGCCAGAUGAGGUACCCGAAGGGGCUCAGGUGAGAAGAGUGGACUGGACCAGGCUGCUGCCCCCGUCUCUGGGUGUGGAGAUCAAGGCCAUUCAGCAGAAUCAAGAAGUGGCAGCUGCCGAGCUCUCCAGCCCUCUGUGUGGAGUGUGGCAGUGGAAGGAGGUCAUCAGUGAGACCAGUGAGGAAGCUGAGUUUCCGCCUGAAGCCCCAACUGGGGGACAGAGAAACUUCCAGGGAGAACCUGUGCACCCUCAAAGAAGAAGGGAGCGAUCGAUGUGGUUGCCCGGAAGAGAGGAAGAGGAGGAAGCGGAGACCCGGGUCACGGCUGAUCUCCUCCCCAUCCCUCUGGGAGACCGUCAUCCUGGAGACAUCCCAGGAAGCCCUCCUGAGAGCCCUGCCGAGCCAGGACUGCAGCGAGCACUGGUGCCCGUGGUGGAAGGGCUGGUCCCAGUUAUGAGGCCAGUCUGGGGCCAGCUCUGCCUGACCCCCUCGCACCCCCAGCAGCUCAGGAUCGCUCGGCACCCGCGGAUCCCGGCCCCUGUCCUGGGCCUGCUGCUGCUGCUGCUGCUCUCCGUCCUGCUGCUCGGCCAGUCCUCGCCCCCCACCUGGCCCCACCUCCAGCUCUACUACCUCCAGCGCCCCCCAGUGUGAGCCAUGCUCCCCGCCCCUCAGAGCAACAUCUAGUUCAGUGAAUUCUCCACGCCUUUUUUUACUGUUAUUCCCAUUGUUGUGCCACUGUCACUUGGGAUUACCCUAGUAUGGGGACCCCAGACACAGUACUCCAGGAUCCACACCCCUGUAUUGGGUUUUUAUGUGAAAUCUCUUGGUGGUUGAAUGUUGGCAACUACAUUUCUUAACAAUAGCAAAACAUGCCCAA